GGUUCAUAUGUAAUAAUGCUAGUAAAAAAUAAUGAUGAUGACUUUAAUAUAGACAAAAUUUGGUUAUGGAAAGCCACAUUUAAUGAGCCAUGUAUAUACUUUGGUAAAUCAUUCUUAAAAGAUUCUGAUCCUGAAACUGUCAAAGUUUUUAAGACAGAUCCAUUUUGGAUAUAUUAUAGCCAAGAAU